CGCGCGUAGACGGAUCUGCGGACACGAUCUACAGCACGUCAAAACAUAUGACGAUGAAGUGACAAUUUCGCGAGUGCUGUGCUAAUCGGGCGAGCGCGCGGGUUUCUCGUGACAAUUUCAUCCGAUUGACGGGAGGUGCGACGGUGCCGUCGGGGGCGCGGCUGGAGUAUUUACUUGUCGCAAGGAUAUCAUGUUUACGUUCAUCAAUUGGAAAUGACGAGUAACUUGCACGUAAAUGUGGCGACCGUGUAAAUAAUUCUUACGCAGAUCCGUGCUGAAUUCUUAUUUUGCGGCUCAUACUUAUGUAAUAUAUAAAAAUGCCACAAGAUAGUGCUGCUCUUGCAGUACCUAAUAAUCAAAACGGUGCAGUGGGGCACAAUCUUCAUAGUCUCGCUGGUGUGAUAGGACCAGUUUUAAAUAACAAUAACAUGAAUAUAGCUAGAAAUAACAAUAAUCAAAAUCCACUGAUCAAUGUGCGGGAUAGGCUGUUUCAUGCGUUAUUUAUCAAAGUGGCACUAGCUUACGCGCGAACAUUUCCAAGGCCUGUCAGGAGAUUUAUAGAAUUUAUAGUCCUCUUAAAGGCUAUAGUGGCAUUUUUUGUAUUGGCGUAUAUUCACAUAGCAUUUUCACGAGCUCCAACCAAGUGUUUAGAACAUAUAAGAGACGAAUGGCCACGGGACGGUAUAUUAAGAGUUGAAAUUCUCAAGAACGCUGGUGAGGAUUACAGUAUAGAGAAAAGUUACGCCAAAGAAGAGAAACUCAGACAAGAAAAGGUCGACGAUUUAACUAGCGCAUUGGGAAUAUUAACCAGAGACGGGUUCAUAAAUAUCGAGCCAUCAGCUGUUGAUGACGAACGGGACACCAUGAACGCUUCUGGCGAGGAGAAUUUGACGCUGCCUGAAGAUGUGAUCGGAAGUGCUACAGUUUCUGGAGAGACGCAAAAUCCUGAUCCGAGUAUGGCGAAUACAACAACGAGCCCGUCGUUAUCGACUAAACUAUGGAACGGUUUAAAUGCACCUAAAAAAGCAUCACUCGACGGGAAGUCGUUCUUUACGAGUGCGGAGGGCAAUUCCACAGAAGUACCUGAAGCUAAUCAUUUAAACGAAGACGACAUUAUACACUUAAGAGAUCGUACACUGGAGGUCGAUAAGAUGGCUAGAGCAGAAGACGGAUAUAUCGUGGAAUAUUCUUUGGAAUACGGGUUUUUACGACUGUCACCGGCAGCCCGGCAGAGACUAAACAUUCCGGUGAAGAUUGUCACUUUGGAUCCAUUGAACGAUAAAUGUUUCGGCGACGCUUUCUCAAGGUUUAUUUUGGACGAAUUCUUGGGCUAUGACGAUCUGCUGAUGGCGAGUAUCAAGACGCUAGCGGAACACGAAGACAACAAAGGUUUUUUACGAAACGUGGUAACGGGGGAGCACUAUCGAUUCGUCAGCAUGUGGAUGGCGCGAACGUCAUACCUAGCCGCCUUUUUCGUCAUGCUUGUUUUCACGGUGUCGAUAUCGAUGCUGCUGCGCUACUCGCAUCACCAGAUCUUCGUCUUCAUUGGUGAGUAAUAAAACGUUUAUCUAAAUAUUUUAAGCUCUCGUCCAUCCAGUGAGAACAAAAUGAUGCGCCUUAGUAACAGAAAUUAAUUGAUCGACUAUGUGCAGCAAUAACAAUCAAUUAUGACAAUUGAUCGGAGCGUGUUGUUACAUUCGUUAGUACACAAAUUGAAAUCAGAGUACGAGAUAAUUUUGCGUUUGCUUGGCUAGCUACUUGGUUUUCAGUUUAUUUUAUUAAGUUUAUCGUAACUAAUCAAACAAUGUUUGCUUUUGUUAUUCAAUAUUUUACAGUUUGGAUAUUUAAGCGUUUACGAAGUUACUGUUUGUAUGGUUAUACAUAAAAUUAGUAAAAUAUGAAAUUUGUUCAUAUCUUGUUGCCAGCACUAAGAUUUCAAAAGAGAGAUAAAUUUAC